CUUGUAUCACUUUAAGUUUUCAUCGUCAACAACGGGAAAAAUGCCCAAAUUUGUACCGAGGCAGAGAAAACAUAGAGUCCUUGCCCGCCAGAAGGCACAGGAAAAUGGCGGCCAAGAUGGAGGAGCUGCACCUCCACAACUCGACAGCAAUGCGCUAGAGAUACUCCCAGACGCCCAGAAAGAAGUUCGUGAAGCUAAGAGGGCUCAGCUGAGAGAGGAAUUGAAUGGUCAAGUCAAAGUGAGCGGCAAGAAGGCCAAACGACUUGAGAAGUACAUCGAAAACAAGCUCAAGAAGGAUGAGAAUCGAGUUCUGUUAGCUGAAUUAGCUAAGAAUAAGAUCGAUACUACUUUGUUCUCAAGUAGUCGGACUCUCGGCCAGGGAAAAGAGACGAAGCGCCAGGCUCUUAGCCGUGCUUUCAGGGAGAGGCAAGCUGGUAUUAAUCAAGGUCAUGACGAUGUUCUUUUUGAAGAAAGACAUAUCCCGGCAAGCGAUGAGUUUGACGACGAUGACGAGGCGCAAUCGAAGAUCAGUCAUUCUACUGGACGAAACGGUGGAAUGAUGCAAAAUGGCUCCAGUGUAAGCGAUGCUAAUAAUGCGCCACCCGAGAAACCUGCGGUAACAGUGGGAUCCGGAUUAAAACGUCCCUUGGAGCUCGAUGAUGAGGGGCGGCCAGUCAUACAGAAGAGACAGAAACGCGGUGGCGUAAAAUCAAAAUUAUCCAUGAAACCGCAACUUAUACAAGCCGAACUCACUCCUGACGAUUCAGAUGAGCAACAAAAUGGUAAUGGCGACGAGUGGAAUGGUUUUAGCUCUGACGCCUCUGCCCACGAAUCAGCUGACUCUCAGAAUUCAUCUGAAGAAGCUGAAGAUGAGUCUUCAGAUCAAGAGUCUAGCAGCGAGGAAGAGUCGUCCGAAGAGGAGGGUGGUUCGAAGAAGAGAUCUUCCGCCUUCAAAGCUUGGGCUCAUGGGCAACGAAAUGCGGCUCUUGGUUACCAACCGGUGGACAGCAGUAAUUCGGUUCUUAAUAUUACAGUUCCUAAGGAUUUCAAACCGCGUCCGCUGGAACAAGAUCCUCUACCCCUUGAAUUACUUCCGACGAAGGAUAAUAGCAGAAAGGCUUUUAGUGUCUCAGUUCAGAGGACACCUAAGAUUCAAGAAGAACGACUCAAGUUACCAGUCGUGGCCGAGGAGCAAAAGAUUAUGGAAGCCAUCCACAACAAUAAUGUGGUAUUGAUAUGCGGUGCGACUGGUUCAGGAAAAACGACUCAGGUUCCUCAAUUCUUAUUUGAAGCCGGUUAUGGAUCUCCUAACUCGCCCACACCCGGAAUGAUCGGGGUGACACAGCCACGAAAAGUCGCUGCAGUCAGUAUGUCGAAACGAGUCGGACAAGAACUUGGCGAUCGAUCAGAAACUGUUGCAUACCAAAUUCGGUUCGAGGGCACAGUGGAUGAGAAGACGGCUGUGAAGUUUAUGACAGAUGGCGUACUACUUCGUGAAGUUGCCAAUGACAUUGCUCUUCGCAAGUAUUCCGCCGUCAUCAUCGACGAAGCUCAUGAGAGGAGUGUUAACACGGACAUUCUCAUUGGAAUGCUUAGUCGAGUUGUUAAGUUACGAGAGGAAUUGUCACAAGAAGGCGCUAAAAUAACCCCGUUGAAAUUAAUUAUUAUGUCGGCUACGUUACGGGUAGACGAUUUCGUAAAAAACAAGACAUUAUUCCCCCUACCGCCACCGAUUCUCAACGUCGAGGGGCGCCAACAUCCAGUUACUAUGCAUUUCUCUAGACAGACACGCCAUGAUUACGUUGAUGAAGCUUUCAAGAAGAUAAUGAGAGGCCAUCGUAAACUCCCGCCUGGAAGUUUCCUCGUCUUUCUUACCGGGCACGAUGAGAUACAAAGGUUGAGUAAAAAGCUCAGGACCGAAGCUGGUGCUCUGAACCCUAUUGCCUAUCCUAAGGUUCGAAUAUCCGCCAACGAUGCGCCGUUGGAAGUUGAGGAUAUCGACUUUGGCGAAACUAAUGAAGUAGCAAAUGGCGAUGACGGCCUACCAUUUAUUGAUGAUUAUGAGGAAGAUAACGAAUCCGAAGAUGAUGCCGAAUUCGACGUUGCGGACGAAGCUGGAACGGGGCCUCUGAAGAUGCAUAUUCUUCCGCUAUACUCGCUCCUACCGACAAGGGAGCAGAUGCGUGUGUUUGAUGAUCCACCAGAAGGCUCGCGCGCGAUCAUACUUGCAACUAAUAUCGCCGAGACCAGUUUGACUAUACCUGGCAUUCGUUAUGUUUUUGAUAGUGGGAGGUCAAAAGAACGAAAGUACAAUAGAGACACCGGAGUGCAAAGCUAUGAGAUAAGUUGGAUUAGCAGAGCUAGCGCAAACCAGAGAGCUGGACGUGCUGGCCGAACUGGACCAGGUCAUUGCUACAGGCUCUAUUCCUCCGCGGUAUUUGAACGGGACUUCCCUGAGUUUGCUGAUCCCGAAUUGCUGAGAAUGCCCAUCGAAGGUGUGGUACUACAGCUCAAGGCAAUGCGGAUACACCAUGUAGUUAACUUUCCCUUUCCGACGCCACCCGAUCGAAUGAGUCUUACAAAGGCAGAGAAGUUACUCCAAUAUCUCUCAGCGACCACAGAAACUGGGCAGGUAACUCAGAUCGGUUCGACAAUGGCCAAAUUCCCGCUGCCACCUCGAUUUGCACGAAUCCUUCUAAUUGGACAUUUGCAUGAGUGUCUUCCCUACACCGUCGCCCUUGUCGCGGGACUUUCUGUCGCACAAGUGUUUAUUCCGGAGAACCAAGUAAUACCAACUCUAUCUACAGACAACGAGCAAGACUUCCGCACCAACCAAGACGUAGUCGCAGAAACCCAGCAGACCCAACUGCGACGGAAAUACAACGAAGUCCACCGCAACUUCUGCUCUCUGGACGACAGCUCCGACGCCAUGAAACUCCUGCAAGCGGUCGGGGAGUUCGCGCACGAUCCUACGGAGGGCUGGUGCAAGGACCACUUCGUGCUGUUCAAAUCGCUCCAAGAAGCGCAGAAACUGCGCCGCCAGCUCACGAGCCUGCUCCAGAAAGACAUCCCCGCGUUUGCGAACCUGGUCUUCAGAGAUAAGCUCGACCGCCCUAGCCCGAAGCAGGUCACGGCCCUGAAGCAGAUGGUAGCCGCGGGCUUCAUCGACCAAGUCGCCAUACGCGCGGACCUCUCCCCGUCGCCGCCGGAACUCUACCGCAAGCCGCGCCGCGCCAUCGACGUCCCGUACGCUCCCCUCCAACCCAUAAACGCGGACUCGCGCGACCCGCUCGACGGCCUUGUGUACAUCCACCCGUCGUCCUGCCUUGCGCACCGCAGCCCGCAGGAGUGUCCCGAGUUCAUCGUGUACUCGAAUCUUCAACGCGCCUCCCCUUCUUCCUCCUCCUCAUGGUCUUCUAAACCCAAGACGCGGAUGCUCGCCCUGACCGACGUUUCCGGAGCCCAGCUCGCGGGUAUCGCGAAGGGGACGCCGCUCCUGACCUACGGGAAGCCCAUCAAGGAGGUUGUGACGUCGUCCUCGACGAGGGAGUGCUGGGUCGUGCCGUACCUGAGGGCUGAGAAGACGGGGGGUCUGGGCUGGCCGCUGCCCGUGAAGAAGAUCUUGCAGAAGAGGGUUCCUGGGAAGGGGUGGGUUACUGAGUGAAGAGCGGGGAUUGCUAUAGCCUAGAAAGGGGGAAGUGGGUAUUGGCUUUAGGUUCUGUUGGAAUAUGAAAAGGGCAUAGCUGACUACGGCGUUGGCGGAUUGGUAAACGAGUAUAAUAAUAUACUCACUUCUCAGUCUUUUUGAUAAUAGGCAUCUUUUUUCUUCGUGCCAAUCAAUACUAAUAAUUACUAGAGGAUCAUAGAUAACUUCGUCUUAGUAGGGCUUACCUAUAGAACUACUCCUGGAUAUAGCCGAAUUCACGUAACUGGAGGCCAUACACUAUACAAUCAACGGAAUCAAUUAUCA